AUGAGUGCUGAGGCAAAUGAUGAUGAUCUGGACUUGUUUGGCGAGGACGACGAACCCACCGAAAAUGUCAUCAGAGCUCCACAAGACGACGACCAGCAAAUGGAUGAUGCUCCAUCACGGAACGACGAUGACGAUGAGAAUGCUGGUAACAUGGAUAGGUUCUCUCCAGGACCAAGCAAGAAGCAUCAGGCUGACUUGUUUGGUGGCGAUGAUGACGACCAAAGUGAAGCUCCGCAAUCGCCAAGAGAACCGACACCACCUCAAGAAGAUCGAACUGAAGAGUACAGGCUCCCUGAUACUGGAAGUAUAAAGCAAGAAGGUGCUGAGCUCUUCUUUUCACGAUUGUCCAACUUGAUUGAUGUCGACUAUAAACCAUUCGAUGAAAUACAAUAUGCCACUGAUAAUCCAAUGCCAACUAUCGACCUCGACGAUCCAUCGCAACGACACAAAAAUGCAUCACAACUACGAGUCAAGGUUCUCUCAACAAUGAGGUGGAGGGAUGAAAAGGACGAGAAUGGAAAUCUACUGCGUCGAGAGUCAAAUACGAGGCUCAUCAAAUGGAAGGAUGGCUCCUACUCGCUCAAGAUUGGCGACGAGAUGUUUGAUGUCAUGGUCAAUCCACUCGAAAAGGCACAACAGUAUAUGGCAUCACCAAUCCCUACAGACGCUCUCUUCAGAAAUCGAGCUCGUUUCUUGAAAGAAAUGAGAUUCAAACCAUAUGGAAUUCAUCAACGAGCACAUCAAUUUUUGGCGCAGGAACUCGUUGCUCAGCAAGUAAAGAAAUCAAAAGUGAAAACACUCGCCCACCACGAAAUGCCAAAGGAACGAGGUCCAUCACUGCAGGCUCAGGAUAACGCAAAGUACAAGAAACAAUUGGAGUCUGGUCGAAAGCGAGUCACUCGCAGAUCCAGAAAUUCCCUGUCUGGAGAUACUGUCUUGUCAGAUUCAGAUGAUGACGUAGAUGAUCUUCGAUAUCGACGUGGCAAUCGCGAUAUCGCCUCACGAUUUGAAUCUGUUCGUGAUGAGGAAUAUGAACAAGAUGGAUUUGUGGUCAACGACUCUGAUGACGAAGUCAAAGGAGAAGAUGACGAGGAGGAAGAAGAAGAGGAGGAUGACGGUGACGAUGACGAAGAUGAAGCUCGAGAAAAACGUCUUCGAGAAGUAAAGGCAUCGGCACCAGAGCCUCGCAAACGAAAAGAAGCAGUUGAUGAAGAUGGUCCUAGCAGUGCUUCAGCGGGCAAAAUCAAAAAACGUCGCGUCGUCAUGGAAGACGAUGAUGAUUAA